CCUUGUGAAUUGCCAUUUUUCUUUGCCAAUUCAAUAUAUUCUCUGUAAUGGGGACUCUGCGCGGACCUCUACUGACAAUGAGCGAUGGAACCAACCUGGUAGCAGAGGUGGUUUCAGAGGAUGAAUCACAUCUUUGUCUCUACCUACUACUUCAGGACAUGCUUGAAGAUGGAGAUAGGGUUGUUGGGUUCGAAAUCGAAUGGGGUUUCAAAAGAUGUUCUUCCACCAUACCAAGAAGCAGUUCAGUCAAAUACACAGAACACAUCUCUCAUUCUGUUAGAACAGAAUACCAUGUUGUUUUAUUAACAUUAUGCACUAGACUUGGUUGUGUCCUGAUAAGGCUCAAUCCUAAUUCUAUUUCUUCAUCUCUGAUACGAUUCCUUGCCAUUAAAGAUGCAGCAUUUGUUGGGGUUCAUAUCAAAGAAGAUGUUCAGAAGCUUAAAGAUACAUAUGGGAUUGUAAUGAGGAAUGUAGUGGAAUUAAGUGAUUUAGCUGCCAAGAUUCAUGAUCAUCCUAGCUUUGUUUUCUACAGUGGCAGGGAAUUGGCAGGGAAAAUCCUGUCUGUAAAAUUUGAGGCAAAACCCUACACAGUUAUAUGGUCUAAUUGGUUUGAUCAUAAUCUUAACUUUGAACAGAUUGAGUGUGCAGCUACUGAUGCUUAUGCUGCCUAU